AGCUAAGUAUAACUGGUCAGAGUCCAAAUCUAACAUGGCUGCAAAGCUUUCUAAUCCACCUAUAUGCAGAAGAAUAGAAGCUUGGAGCUCAUUUCAUGAGUUGUUUCUGCUAGUGAUUUAAAGACACAGCUUUCUCUUCCACACGAAACGGUCACCUCUAGACAAUGACUUCCCCGGACCCUGUGGGCCUGAGGUCCAGGUGUGACUUUCUCAGAGCUGACCAGUAAGGAAGGGCCUGGGCUGGCUCCUCGGCUCUCCCCUCCCACCCAGAAAUGGUUAAUUGCCAGCUCCAGGCUGCCUCCAGCCCAGCCCUAAUUGGCCCGAUCUCAAGCGGCCGUGCUGGAGCGGCAGCAACUCUGGGCCAGGCCGGAGCUGCGCGGAGCGAAAGGGGCACUCUUCCAAGGUAAUGAUUAAGCUGAGCUUCUGGCAAGGGCACAGGCAGCAGAGCCGGGAAGGUGAGCCCUGUUCACACCUCGGCCAGGCUGUGGUGGCCAGGACUGGUUUGGAAGGCAGGGCCCCGGGGCACGGGGGCCCAGAGCCGACAGCCACAGCCUCCCCCUGCACACGGGCAUCCAGGAGCAUCUCAGGCCGGAGCUUCUGCUGCCUGCCCUACUAGGACCCUGUCCUCGACCCUGGCACCAUGAAGCUGCAGAUGUUCUGGACUGGGCUGGAAUACACCUGCCGGCUCCUGGGCAUCACCACUGCUGCAGUGUUGAUCGGCGUGGGCACUGAGACCUUCCUCCAGGGACGGUUCAAAAGCCUGGCUUUCUAUUUGCUGUUUAUAGGAGCUGUCAUCUCUGUGUGUGAAGGGGCCUACUUUGUGGCUCAGCUGCUGACCAUCUGCUUCCAGUGUCGGCCAGCGUCCCUGGCCUACAAAGCAAGGGAGAAAGCCCGCUGGUUGGGCUGCUUCCAGAAGUUCCUGGCAUACAUGCUGUUGUCUGUGGCCUGCUUUCUCCACCCUGUCCUGGUCUGGCACGUGACCAUCCCAGGCUCCAUGCUCAUCAUCACUGGCCUGGCCUACUUCCUGCUGAGCAAGCGGAAGAAGAGCAAGGCCAAGCCCGAGGCGCCCGCUCCCCCAGAGCAGUACACGGACCCCUCCGGCAGUGCCGUGAGCACCACUGGCUCUGGGGACACCGAACAAACGUACACCUUCCACGGGGCCUUCAAGGAGGGGACCGGCUCCCUCUUCAUCCACGUGAAGAGCAUCCUGAAGGGGACCAAGAAGCCCGGUGCCCUCCAGUGCCCGGACACCCUGACAGAGCUGACCCUGGAGCCAGCCGACUCGCUGGUCAAGAAGAAGCAGGUGCACUUCGAAGACAGCAUGGUCAGAAUCAUCCCGUCUCUCACCGAAGACCUGGACGGGGGGGACAGCGAGCCAGAGGAGACCACCUCUGACACCACCCCCAUCAUCCCUCCCCCGCAGGCCCCUGCCUUCUUGUCCUCUCUCACAGACGCCAGCCUGUUCUGAGCCGCAGGCUCCAGCCGAGGGGACACUCAGCAAGGGGUCUGCAUAGAUCCAUGGCCCUGCCUGGAGUUUCCUGACAUCUGAGGGCCCCCCUCCCAGGGAGCUUGGGGUCUUCACAGGUUAGUGCUUCGAGGGGUGACCAGACAUCCCCGUGGUAGCUGGGCUACUGGCACCAUCAAGUGGCAUGGCAGAUCCUGGAGACGCCUCUGGCAAGGCACAGAUGAAGCUCGUGCUGUCUCAAGCCAACAGAAGCUCCUCCUUCCUGCCCAGGGGGUGGGGAAGUCCCUGUGCUUUCCCCAAGAGAGACCAUCAGCCCCAUUUCACACAAGGCUGCUCCAGCCCCAAGAGCCGAUGAGCUUCUCUUGCUCCUGACACGGGGCCCAGCAAGGCCUCGUUGUCCAUCUCGAGUCAGAUGCCGCAAUCCAGCUCUGAAGGCCCAAGGAUGCAUGGGCUACUUAAGCAUCUCAAAGGCAGGUGUGAAGGCAGCCAUAGACCCCAAGCCCCAGCCGAGCUGGCUCAGGAUGUGCAGGGAAGGCACGGCUGCAGGCCCUCAGGAGGGGGGCAGCUCGAGCAGUGGGCCGCAUUCUCUGCGUGCUCUGGGGCUGGCCCUGUGCCUCCGGAGUUGCACAGCCACUCGGGGACACAAUGCCACACUGUGCUCCCUGCAGGGAAAACCAGGCCGGAUGAGUGAGGCUCAUUCCAGAAGCAUCACUGAGAACUCCCUGCCUCCCCACCACAUAAACUUUCCCGAGAUUCCAAGUAGAUGAUGUAAACUGAAAGGUCCUGAAAGCCGACGACAAUCCGGCGGUGAAGACCGCAGCACAGGACACAGUACCUCGGGCAUGCAGGGACCACGGGGGUGGUGCCCUGGAGACACUCAACACAGAGAGGUGGCCCCGCCACGUGUGGGUGAGGGUGCGUGGUGGCAGAAUAGGUGACAAAUGCACAUUUGUUUAAAAUGUAAGGGGGGAAAGAGGAAGGAAAGAGGGGGGAGAUAGGAGAGGGGGCGGGCAGGCUAGCCCUCUGCCCCUGGGCUGUGGAAGUGACAGUCCGCUUAGAAUGAAGGAAGAAAUUCGAAUCAGACCUUUCCUAAAGGAUUUUCACCAUGGUAUUUGUUUCUAAAGAGCGUCCUCUGGUCCGUGGGAUUGUGGCAAGGAGGAGCAGACCCGUUACCCUUGGGAAGCAAGCUCGAUGAAUGGGCAAGCUCAAAAAAAUAGUUACACUGUUGACCAGUUUGUGCCACAGCAACUCCUCCAGCACUUGCUCUAGGUUCUGGGUAAGAAACACGUGUUCCUUCCGCCUUCCCUGGGAGUCACACGGCAAAUGUGUGGGAAUACAGCCAGUCCAGUCAUCACUUUGGUGCCAGAAUCCCAUAGGUGUUGCAAACGAGCAGCCCUUUUCCUGCACGAAGCCAGGUCUCCUGUAAAACCAAGUGAGAAAAAAACAAAGAAAUAUGUUCCCAUGAACCCUCGAUGCCGGAAGCGGCAGAGCUGUUUAGCUGCCACCAAAGAAGAGCUUCAGGGUCCCAGGGUCCCCGGGGGAGAGUAAAGAACAUUGGUAGACAGGGACGGCCCCCAGCUCCUACCGGGCCAGGUGUCCCAGGAAGGCCCCCGGUGCACAGAAGGAGCCCACGUGGAGAGGGGGCAGGGCUUCUGCAUCCGUCACACGUGGAGGGGGACAUGAUGGGCACAGACACCCCCCCAGUAUAGGCAUGGCAGUCUUCUGGGGAACCCCAAAACUUCUGCUCUGUUCUCAGAACCCAAGCCAGUAGAGUGGAAUGGAUGCCCAGGUCACAAGAAGCCAACGCUGAAGUGUGAUAUCAGAGUAUCAGAUUUCUAAUAAACUUCUAUAAACCCAAGGGGUAGAGCAUUGCUUGGUAUGGUCCCUAGAGGGAGCUGCACGUUGGGGGCUCCAGGUGACACAGUGUGCGUACCAUCCUGUGACAUCUGGGCUUCCUGGUGCCCGUCCUCAGUUAAGGGAGAGUCUGCAGGGCUCUGGAGCAAGAGGUUGGGACAGUUACGGUCUCGCCUCGCUCAGCAAAGUAAAGCUCUCACUCUUACUGCCGCCCAAAACCACAACAAAGCUGGGAUGAGGUCGUUAAAUAGGCUGCAGCCCGUGCCUCUGUCAGUAGACCAGACGAGAAAGUGGCACCUCGUGAAAAGCAGAUGAAUACCACAUGUCGCCAUUUGACUCUCGGCCGAGACUCUCUCCACCCACGUCCUCAUCCCCUGCUAUCCCUGUGAAGAUGGUAUAAUGGCCCUUAUCCCUGACAGGGACAAAGACCAGAGGGACUGACCCUGGCCUGUCCCGUUCCCUUUCUCAGCAGAAAGUGGAGCAGACAUUCCGUAGAUGUGGAACAGGGCAACUGGCCGAACAGCGUUGGGCUGGGAUCGUUGGCUCUGCCGCUAACAUGCUGGUUGACCUUGGCCAGCCUUCCUCAGGUCGCUGGUCUCGGGUUCUCGCCGUAGCGUGUGGGAAUAACAGCUUUCUCUCAGGGUUGGUGCAAUGACUCAACUGAGAAAAGUGGGGAAAAUGAUGUUCAGAUUACACACCACCCAUGUCCAACGUCCCCAUCGCUGUGGGGGCCUCACACUGUGUGUGAGUGCUCUUCAAGGAGGCCCCAAAGUAAGGAAGCACUGAGGAAACACCACCAGCAUAUGUCUCAGCGGCAAGGCCACUCCAGAGUCCCUUGCUUGAGCCUCGGAAGGGUGUAGCCACCAUCCUCCGGCUUCGACAGAGAGCCACAGCGGACCCUCAAUCGUGAGGACCCAUGCCCUGGGGACCAUCCAAGAUGUCCUCUCUGACUCCCAUCAGUACUAAGGGUUGUUUUCCUUUUUUCUUUUUUCCAUUUUUUAGUUUUUAAGAUGUAUUUAUUGAGAUAUAAUUCACACACCAUGAAAUUCACCAACUUAAAGUACACAAUUAAAUGGUUUUUGGUUUUUGUAUAGUCAUCAUCAGAUUCAUCACAAUCUAAGUUCCCAAAAUUUUCAUCAUUCCCCC